AUUCGAAGGAAUAAGUCGCCGUUGUUUCUUUCAUUGUGAUGAAACCAUUGUCUUUUAAUCUUAUGACUCUGCAGAGUAUGCUUCAACAUAAGAUUUAUGAACUUGUUUUUGGACUGUUGUGCAACGGCUGCUGCUUCACUGGCAGUCGAUUACCCAUUCAUUGCCGACAAUCCAAGAGGCAAGACUUGCAUCAAACAGGACCGAUCGAUAUUGAUGGUUUCUACCAAGGUAAUGGUGGUCAAUUUCCACGUCUCAUUCGGACCACAUCAUCUCCGGCUGGAAUCCUCCUUCCAUCAACGUAGACAAUAUGAUAGAUACCGGCCGAUCUCCAGCUUACCGUCGCUGCAAAAUGGACAGACGGAAUGCGGGAAUCAUGGCAAGCAUUUUCAGUCAACACAUUUCGGCACGUUGGUCCUCUCCAAUCAAAACGAACACAACCGAACAGAAGUCCUUGCUCGAAAUGUCACAGCAAUUAGUUUCCUCUUAUCUCCUGCAUCUUUAAGUAGGAUUUAGAAUCUAUAUUUUCUUGAUGUUUUGCUUUGAGGUCAACACCAAGUAAGAUUUGAAGGGUGUAGAAGCGUGCUCGGAUGAAUUCCAUUCCCGUAGUCUUGCGUUAAGAUCACUGCAGAAGGGACCCAAUUCGGACAGAAGGAGUGGCACUGAUCACAAUUGCUGAAGUCCUCAAGGGAUUGACGUCACAAGAGCUCGGGAAAGGAGUUUAUGGAAGAUGGGUUAGGUGCUGGGGGAGAUAACCAAGUUCAAUUUGCCGCGGGGUAACAAUCAGAAGGAGAGGCAGGCCAACCGGGCGGUAAUGCGAAAACUCAGGUCCAGCGCUGCGAUGAUGAAGGUUUCCUCGUUGAAUGCGCAGGCAUUUCCGGAAAUCAGGCACGCAAGCUUCAGAAGAAAUAGCGAUAAGUGAUGAUCGCUCUACUGUUGUGAUGAUCCAUUGCCGAAGUGCAUUCCACUCUUCAAUCUCCCAACCCGUCUAUGGCCACAAUGCAUUGAAUUGUCUUGGGGUUUGAGAACUCCUAGUGAAUUAUUUUACGACUCAGAAUUGGAAUGCAGACCCAUAGCAAACGAAUCCCAUAACCAUUAAUAAAAUUGCGUUCUACACGAAUACCCGUAA